GCGUCGUCCUUCUGCCUGUGUGGAGUGAAUAAAGCGCAGCUCCACAGCACGACUCAGGUUUCACUGUUUUUCCGUGGGCCGCUCGAGCUCGGCCGGACUGAGACCGCCUUUGUUCACGAGAGAGCGACGUGAAGGAGGAGAGAGAGAGAGAGAGGGAGAGUGAGAGAGAGAGAGAGAGAGAGAGAGAGGCAGCCGGGAGCGCGCUGCAGGACCGCUGAGACUGUGCCAUGGCUCGGGGGGACACUGCGAUACUGAGACUCACUCUGAGGUUCUUGUGCCUCGCUGCUCUGUGGCACUGCCAUCCAGGGUCUGCCUUUCAGCUGCUGGAAGAGAGGGGCUCGAGUGGGCAGCUGGAUCUGACGGAGCUGAUUGGUGUUCCUCUCCCUCCCUCUGUCUCCUUCAUCACUGGCUUUGAGGGUUUCCCAGCCUACAGCUUUGGUCCGGACGCCAAUGUGGGCCGCCUCACACGCUCCUUCAUCCCUGACCCUUUCUUCCGGGAUUUUGCCAUCAUCGUUACUGCCAAACCCACCACUCGUCGUGGAGGAGUCCUGUUCGCCAUCACCGAUGCCCUACAGAAGAUAGUGCACUUAGGAGUAGCAUUAGCACCAGUGGAAGAUGGCUCACAGCAAGUGGUUCUGUACUAUACUGAGCCUGGCACGUCCCGCACACAGGAGGCUGCUUCCUUUAAGAUGGGGGACCUGACGGGCCGCUGGGCCAGGUUCACUCUGGCUGUGCAGGGUGAGGAGGUGAAGCUCUAUAUGGACUGUGAGGAGCACCACAGGGUGGCCUUCCACAGGAGCCAGGAGAAACUCACCUUUCAGCCCAGCUCAGGCAUCUUCGUGGGGAAUGCAGGAGGAACCAGGCUGGAGAGGUUUGUGGGAUCUAUCCAGCAGUUGGUGCUGACUCCGGACCCGCGGGCCCCUGAUGAGCAGUGUGAGGAGGAUGACCCCUAUGCGUCCGGGUACGGCAGUGGGGAUGACGUUUAUGACGACACAGAGACGAUGGACGAAGUGAAGAAAGUCGUGGAGGAGAGAAAAUACCCCGUGCCUGAGGAAGACGAGACUAUUCCUGUCAGAGCGCCCCCUACUGAAGCAUCCUCUGAAGCUCCACUUGAUGAUGAGGACCUGGAGGAGGGGUCCUCUGGUCAGGAGAUCGAGAUCGUCACUGAGAAGAAGCCAACCAGGACAGAGGAAGCCGUAUAUCAAAAAGGAGAUGAAUAUCCACUGAUGAUGCCAGGACAGAAAGGAGAGAAAGGAGAUCCUGGACCUCCAGGACCUCCAGGACCUCCAGGCACAUCAAGCCCAUCUAGCCCAAGAGGAGACAACUCAGCUUGGUUUGGACAGCCAGGUCCCCAGGGCCCUCAGGGACCACCAGGACCUCCUGGAGUUCCAGGGAAGGACGGCCUGCCAGGUAGCCGUGGAAAUGAUGGAGCACCAGGUGAGACUGGAACUCAAGGAUUUCCGGGCUUACCAGGUGAUCCAGGCCUCAAAGGUGAAAAGGGUGAUCCUGGAGUUGGUCUGCCUGGGCUUCCUGGACCUCCUGGACCACCAGGGCGAUCAGCAGGGUUUCGAUAUGUGGAUGCUAUUGAUGGCUCAGGAUUUGAGGACUUUGACAGUGACACUGAAGUCAUCAGGGGUCCACCGGGUCCUCCAGGGCCUCCAGGGAAGCCUGGCCCUCCUGGCCCUGCUGUAGGUCUCUCUCCAGGGCCAACAGGGCCUCCAGGAGCACCUGGAAAAGAUGGGAAGGAUGGGGAGAUGGGUAAACCUGGAAUUCCAGGUGCUGAUGGCAGGAAUGGCGAACCAGGAAAAGAUGGUGCAAAAGGCGAGAAGGGUGAAACAGGGUUGCCUGGACUAGCAGGACAGAAGGGUGACCCAGGCCAGCCAGGUGUUCCAGGACUGCCAGGGCCUGUAGGAUCUGAAGGCCUAAAGGGGCAGCCAGGCCCUCCAGGACCCCCCGGGCCACCAGGCCCGCCUGCACGCUUCAGCUUUGAUGCACUGGAUUCUGAGGGUUCUGGAGUGGAUGGAGGCAGUGGUUUUGGGCCCAUGCUCCCUAGAGGGCCACCAGGUCUUCCAGGUCUACCUGGCCCUCCAGGACCACAGGGCAAAGAUGGUGUGAAUGGUCUUCCAGGAACUUCAGUGAAGGGGGAUCCUGGGCCUAGAGGACCUGAUGGGUUACCCGGAUCACCUGGACUUCCUGGAAGAAACGGAGAGAAAGGAGAGAAAGGUGAUCUGGGUCUGAAGGGAGAGAGAGGUCAAGAUGGAGUCGGUCUUCCUGGUCCACCAGGACCACCCGGACCACCAGGGCCUGUCAUCAACCUUCAGGACUUAAUGCUGAAUGACACAGAGGGCCUCUUCAACUUCUCAGGGACUUUUGAACCCCAGGGGCCAUUGGGUCCAAAAGGUCCAAAAGGUGACCCUGGAAUCCCAGGCAUGCAGGGCCCCCCAGGGUUAAAGGGUGAGAAAGGAGAGCCAUGCAUUGGCAUUGCUACAGAUGGAUCGCUGUUGUCUGAAGUGACUGGGCCACAGGGACCGAAAGGAAUCAAGGGUGAAUGUGGUGUUCCUGGACCUCCUGGAAUAAUGGGCCCUGUUGGACCAACUGGACCUAAAGGGGAAUUUGGGCUUCCUGGACGUCCAGGUCGUCCAGGUUUGAACGGACGCAAGGGAGAAAAAGGAGACUCGAUUGGACUACAGGGCCCACCUGGUCCUCCUGGCCCACCUGGACGUCCCGGAAUAUUCAACUGUCCUAAAGGAACAGUGUUCCCGGUUCCUCCUCGGCCGCACUGCAAAAAGACUAUCAAUGGAGAUUCUACUACAGAGGGAGCUAACUGUUCAUCAUCAGGGAGUCAAAGGGGAGAAGGGCGAAAGGGGUCUCCCAGGGCCUCCUGGACCCUCAUUUCUGACGCUGGGAGCGGGGAGCACGGGGCAAAGGGUGACCUGGGCUUCCGGGGAGAGAAAGGGGAGAAGGGAGAGGCCGGCAUGCCAGGGCCACCUGGACUGCCUGGAAGAUCCGGGUUGGUGGGACCCAAAGGAGAAUCCAUCAUUGGGCCCCGUGGUCAUCCAGGACCUCAGGGACCCCCUGGUACUCCUGGCUUUGGGCGAGCAGGUGCCACUGGACCCCCUGGGCCUCCUGGAUCUCCUGGACAACCUGGCUACAGUGCUCUUCCUGGCCCACCUGGUCCAAGAGGUCCUCCUGGUCCCCCAGGACAAGCUGCUGCUGUCUCUGGCUCAGUAAAGAAAUACGCAAGUCUUGAAGCCAUGAGGCGCGAUUCAUACCUGGACGAAGUUGGGACGUUCUCCUUGCUUACAGAUACGGGUAAACUCUACCUCAAAGUUUCAGGAGGUUGGAAAGAGAUUCAGCUCGGAGGGCUGAUUGAGGUGUAUCCUUCUCAAAUCCUCUCACAAGAUGAUGCUGGCCCCUUAAUGCUGACCCCUCGACUCAGCAAUACUCCUACGAUCCACACAGGAAGUGCGCUCAGGCUGGUCGCCCUGAACACACCUCUGACUGGUGACCUGGGCUCCAUCCACUCGGUGAACAGGCAGUGCCGGCUGCAGGCUCAGGCCAUGGGGAUACGGGACGAGUACAAAGCCUUCCUCUCUCACCACCUCCAAGACCUGAUCGACGUGGUGCAGCCGCCCUACCGCACCAGCUUACCCAUCGUUAACCUCAGGGGCGAGGUUCUGUUUAAGAACUGGGAGAGCAUCUUCUCCAACCACCUCCUCCCCUCUGGGAUCCCCCUCUACUCCUUUGACGGCCGGGACGUGAUGAGCGAUCCCUUCUGGCCACAGAAGGCUGUAUGGCAUGGUUCCUCAGAGAGGGGCAGGCGUCUGGAUGCUAAGAGCUGCGAGUCGUGGAGGGCAGGUGACAUGGCCAUCACCGGUCAGGCUUCCUUCCUCUACAGCGGCCUGCUGAGUCAGCAAACCCGCAGCUGCUCUAACCACUUCAUCGUCCUGUGCGUUGAGACCAGCCCUGACCACAAUACCAUCGAAGAGCUCAGACGGGCACAGUUUCGCCACAGACGCUGGCACUACAGAUACUAACGCCUGCGCCAGACUGCAGCCUCUGCCAGCAGAACGUCAACAUUCCAGAAGGUGUAAAUAUAUGUUUUGAUCGAAGACCACAUCGAGUCAUCCAGAAGCCAAUGAGCCGUCGAGUCUGCGGUUCUUAUAUCAGGUUUUGAUCACAUGGACAUCAGUAGCAAAAGCAAAGCCAUUUCUCUCUGAAUGUAAAGCAGCGUGAUGUCCGUGUCUCAGCAGAGGGAUGCGCCGGGCCUCAAACCCAAAACAUGUCAUUUUGAUGCACUGUAUUUUCAUUUUCUCUUUUUUUCCAGUUCUGAUUCUCCAAAUCCACAGAUGUCUUUUUUUACAUCAAGUCAUCUUUUCUUCUUGAGUAACAAAAGAUGUGUCAGUAUUUAAUUUAAUUUCAGUGUUUUUAUUUAUACCUGACCGCACAUAAUCUAAAUAUGUCAAAAGAUCGAGGAUGAAUAUGUAAUUUAUAGUUCCAGUUGUUCAGAUGAACUCCUGCUCCUGCUUUCUUUCCACUUUUCAAUGAAAGAAAAGAUUUUCUAUAGCAUCUCUGUUGAUGAAAUUAUAUUCCAUUUUUGAAGCUGAUGAAAACGUGACUGCAGAUGUUUUUUUUUUUCCCAGAGAGCAAAAAAAAGAGGUCCUCUUAUUCUGGUAUGUUUCUAUUUCUUGGACAGAAAACUUGAGCAGUGUUUAGUGAGAAGGAGUAUUUUUUAUGUUAACUGGUGCCUAUUGAAUAAAAUCUCUUUUUCAAAUA